CUAUUUGGGCAAAAUUUACGAAUCAAAAACACCUUUAAAAUAUUCUUGGGACAACUUGGUCAGUUAUGUUUAGAAGGGUGAUGGGCCAGUUUGAUUGGAUAUUAAGUCUGCUUGAGGGCUUUAAGACCGUCUAUUUAGACAUUGUAACCUGCUUAUUUAGCUCAAUAGUAAUACAGCAUUUUAGUUGUGUUACAAUUUCAUACACUGACUUUGCCUGGGCCUCUUAAUGCCAGCUAAUUUUCCUUUUCAGAGAAAAAAAAAAAAAAAAAACAAAGGAAAAAGAGAUUCAGAAAAUUAAAAAAAUUUCAAUCUUGAAACACAGAGUUCCCAUUUUACCCUUCUUCUUCAAUCUUUUCCCUCCCUUAAUCCAGUCUCUUCAAAAUCCAGAGAAAAGCGAAAAUACAAGUCUUAAUAGGGAGGGAGAUAGAGAUCGCACUUCAACUAUUGCCCCGGCAUGGAUGGUGACGUAGUUCUUAAUAAAGAAAAUCAAAAUGUUAAAGGUAACAAAAUGAAAGGAGAUGAAAAGGCAAAGGGAUUUACUGUUGUUGGAAACAUGCCAAGGAAAAAGCUUGGUGACAUUAGUAACUUGCCCCAGAAAAACCAAGAUAUGAGACCCCCAUCUGUUUCACUUAAUACUAAAGAUUAUAUUCACAAACUUCAUCAGGAAAAUCUGACACUAGUGAAGCUUAUUGCGGAUAGAAAUAAAAUCAUUCAAUCACAUGCACUUGAAUUACAGAAAUCGAGAACACAAUGUCAACAAGUACAAGAAAAGAAUCUGGAGCUUGCCCGGUUAAACAGUCAGAUGUUGGCGGAACUAAAUUCGAAUAAAGAUAGGCUUAAGGUGGUUCAACAUGAUCUGGGAUGCAAAAAUGGUUUGCUUAAGGCAAUGCAAUUGGAAAUUGGGGACAAAGCAAAUAUGGUAAGAUGCAAUAUUCAUGGAAAUGAGGCCGAAACCACCAGAGGUGGUGAAAUUGGGAAUUUUUCUAAAGCACACAAUAGGGACAAAGUACUUUGUAGUAAACGGAGGAAGCGUUUGGACCCUACUAGUGUUAAACCAGUCAAAACUAAAGAGAAGAUUGAUAAGAAUAGGACAUCUGCUAGAUCGAAAGCUGGAGAACAAGAUCUGUUCAAUGAUACAUUCGAGAUAAGUGAUGCUCUGGAUCCUCCUAUGGAUAAACCAGUUGAAGCUGAAAAGAAAAUUGAUGAAAAGAGGCUUUGUUUGAGAAGGCAAUCUGAUAGGUUUAAAACCGUGAAACAAGAAACAGCAAAUGAUUCAUUUCAGAUAACUGAUGCGUUGGAUCCUCCUACAGAUAAACCAGUUGAAGAAAAUAAGGUUGAUGAAAAGAGGCUUUGUUCGAGAAGGCAAUCUGCUAGGUUAAAAGCUGCAGAACAAGGCACAGCUAAUGAUUCAUUUUGGGUAAGUAAUGCUUUGGGUCCUUCUAUGGAUAAACCAAAUGAAGCUGAGAAGAGGAUUGAUGAAAAGAGGCUUUGUUCAAGAAGGCAAUCUGCUAGGUUAAAAGCUGCAGAACAAGACACAGCUAAUGAUUCAUUUCAGAUAAGUGAUGCUUUAGAUCCUCCAAUGGAUAAACCAGUUGAAGCUGAAAAGAAAAUUGGUGAAAAGAGGCAAUCUGCUAGGCUUAAAGCUGCGGAACAAGAAGCAGCUGAUGGUCCAUUUCAGAUAACCGAUGCUUUGGAUCCUACCAUGGUGAAACCACACCAGGCUGAAAAGAAGGCUGAUAACAAGAGGCUUUGUUCAAGAAAGCAGUCUGCUAGAUUUGAAAGUCAAGAACAAGUACAAGAACCAACUGAAGACUCGUUUCAGAUAAAUGAUGCUAAAUUUCCAGUCUCUUCUCUGUAUGAACAUGGUCCUACAUCAUCAGUUUCAGCAGUCAAAGUUGAACCUGAAGCAGCAUAUAGUGCCUCUGGACCUGAAGCUCAGGAAUUGCGAAGGUCAUCUUUUCGACCUAAGCGUCAAGUGGCUGAUAAGGUUCAGUCCUACAAGGAAAUUCCACUUAAUGUCAAGAUGCGGAGACCUCACUGAGUUAAAAUCUUCCUCAAACUAACCUUAUCGAGCAUAGCAGGGAAGACCCCUUUCUUUUAUUUUUUCCCUUCUUGAUGUAAAGGUUUGAAAGAAUCUUAGUGGAUAGCUGCUGCUAGUAACUGUAGAUCUUAAAGCUAGUAUAUUUUGUUCUAUCAUCAUCUAUGGAUGAUGAUUUAGUACAAAAAAUUAAUUCAGGUCUAAUGUUGAAUUUCCAGAGAA